UCAGCUUUGAUCCCAGGGCACAUUUUGUCCCUGGAGACGCCCUGCCAACCAGAAAUGAUGGAAGAAUUGCAUAGCCUGGACCCACGACGGCAGGAAUUAUUAGAGGCCAGGUUUACUGGAGUUGGUGUUAGUAAGGGGCCACUCAAUAGUGAGUCUUCCAACCAGAGCUUGUGCAGUGUGGGGUCCUUGAGUGAUAAAGAAGUAGAGACUCCUGAGAAAAAGCAGAAUGACCAGCGAAAUCGGAAAAGAAAAGCUGAACCAUAUGAAACUAGCCAAGGGAAAGGCACUCCUAGGGGACAUAAAAUUAGUGAUUACUUUGAGUUUGCUGGGGGAAGCGGGCCAGGAACCAGCCCUGGCAGAAGUGUUCCACCAGUUGCACGAUCCUCACCGCAACAUUCCUUAUCCAAUCCCUUACCGCGGCGAGUAGAGCAGCCCCUUUAUGGUUUAGAUGGCAGUGCUGCAAAGGAGGCAUCAGAGGAGCCGUCUGCUCUGUCAACCCUCAUGUCAGUGAUGCUAGCAAAGCCUCGGCUUGACACGGAGCAGCUGGCACAAAGGGGAGCUGGCCUCUGCUUCACUUUUGUUUCAGCUCAACAAAACAGUCCCUCUUCUACGGGAUCUGGCAACACAGAGCAUUCCUGCAGCUCACAAAAACAGAUCUCCAUCCAGCACAGACAGACCCAGUCUGACCUCACAAUAGAAAAAAUAUCUGCACUAGAAAACAGUAAGAAUUCUGACUUAGAGAAGAAGGAGGGAAGAAUAGAUGAUUUAUUAAGAGCCAACUGUGAUUUGAGACGGCAGAUUGAUGAACAGCAAAAGAUGCUAGAGAAAUACAAGGAACGAUUAAAUAGAUGUGUGACAAUGAGCAAGAAACUCCUUAUAGAAAAGGUCAGUGAGCAACAGGAAAGGAUAAAUUCACAGAGGGAGGAAAUAGAAAGACAACGGAAAAUGUUAGCAAAGCGGAAACCUCCUGCCAUGGGCCAGGCCCCUCCAGCAACCAAUGAGCAGAAACAGCGGAAAAGCAAGACCAACGGAGCUGAAAAUGAAACGUUAACAUUAGCAGAAUACCAUGAACAAGAAGAAAUUUUCAAACUCAGAUUAGGUCAUCUUAAAAAGGAGGAAGCAGAGAUCCAGGCAGAGCUGGAAAGGCUAGAAAGGGUUAGAAAUCUACAUAUCAGGGAACUAAAAAGGAUACAUAAUGAAGAUAAUUCACAAUUUAAAGAUCAUCCAACACUAAAUGACAGAUAUUUGUUGUUACAUCUUUUGGGUAGAGGAGGUUUCAGUGAAGUUUACAAGGCAUUUGAUCUAACAGAGCAAAGAUAUGUAGCUGUGAAAAUUCACCAGUUAAAUAAAAACUGGAGAGAUGAGAAAAAGGAGAAUUACCACAAGCAUGCAUGUAGGGAAUACCGGAUUCACAAAGAACUGGAUCAUCCCAGAAUAGUUAAGCUGUAUGAUUACUUUUCACUGGACACUGACUCGUUUUGUACAGUAUUAGAAUACUGUGAGGGAAAUGAUCUGGACUUCUACCUGAAACAGCACAAAUUAAUGUCGGAGAAAGAGGCUCGAUCCAUUAUCAUGCAGAUUGUGAAUGCUUUAAAGUACUUAAAUGAAAUAAAACCUCCCAUCAUACACUAUGACCUCAAACCAGGUAAUAUUCUUUUAGUAAAUGGUACAGCGUGUGGAGAGAUAAAAAUUACAGAUUUUGGUCUUUCCAAGAUCAUGGAUGAUGAUAGCUACAAUUCAGUGGAUGGCAUGGAGCUAACGUCACAAGGUGCUGGUACUUAUUGGUAUUUACCACCAGAGUGUUUUGUGGUUGGGAAAGAACCACCAAAGAUCUCAAAUAAAGUUGACGUCUGGUCAGUGGGUGUGAUCUUCUACCAGUGUCUUUAUGGAAGGAAGCCUUUUGGCCAUAACCAGUCCCAGCAAGACAUUCUGCAGGAGAAUACUAUUCUUAAAGCUACUGAAGUGCAGUUCCCGCCAAAGCCAGUAGUAACACCUGAAGCAAAGGCAUUUAUUCGACGAUGCUUGGCCUACCGAAAGGAGGACCGCAUCGAUGUCCAGCAAUUGGCCUGUGACCCCUACUUGCUGCCUCACAUCCGAAAGUCGGUCUCCACAAGUAGUCCUGCUGGAGCUGCUAUUGCAUCAACCUCUGGGGCAUCCAAUAACAGUUCUUCAAAUUGAGACCGACUCUAAGGCCACAAACUGUUCAACACACACAAAGUGGACAAAUGGCAUUCAGCAGCGGGUUUGGAACAUAGCGAAUCCAAAUGGAUCUCAUGAAACCUGUACCAGGUGCUUUUAUUUUCUUGCUUUUUUCCCAUCCAUAGAGCAUGACAGCAUCGAUUCUCAUUGAGGAGAAACCUUGGGCAGCUCUGGCCAGGCCUCAUAGGAAAAGGCCCCACCCGAGGUUCCGGCGUCAACGGCCACUGUGUGUGGCUGCUCUGAGUGAGGAAAAAAUUAAAAAGAAAAACUGGUUCCAUGUACUGUGAACUUGAAAACACGCAGACUCAGGGGGGGUCCCUGAUGCAAUGCUUCAGAUGAAGAAUGUGGACUUGAAAAUACAGACUGGGCUAGUCCAGUGUCUAUAUUUAAACUUGUUCUUUUCUUUUAAUAAAGUUUAGGUAACAUCUCCUGAAAAGCUUGUAACGCAAAGGCUCAGCUGGGGAUGGUGUUUGACUUUGGAGGAAAAAAGUUGCUAUUGCCCGUUAAAGGCACUAGAGUUAGUGUUUUAUCCCUAAAUAAUUUCAAUUUUUAAAAACAUGCAGCUUCUCUCCCCCCUUUUUUAUUUUUGAAAGAAUACAUUUGGUCAUAAAGUGAAACCCGUAUUAGCAAGUACGUGGCAAUGUUCAUUCCAAUCAGAUGCAGCUUUCUCCUCCGUCUGGUCUCCUGUUUGCAAUUGCUUCCCUCAUCUCAGUAGGGAAAACAUUGAGUGGGAGUACUGAGAUGUGUGGGUUUCUGCCAUUGGACAAAGAAUGAGGUUAGAAGACUGCAGCUUGGAGUCUCUCUAGGUUUUCAACUAUUUCUUCACAAUUUCAACACUUGACGGUUGUCCCUUUUAAUUUAUUUGAAGUGCUAUUUUUUUAAAUAAAGGUUCAUCUGUCCAUGCAGUCCUCUUGGAUUCUCUGAAUAUAGUAACUAUCGCAGCUAUUCCACAGGUAGGCAGAAAACGGGCUGGGGAGCCAGGCGCUCAAGGGAUCAGUCGACUGUUCCUACCCCCAGUCUUUGUGUGCUUGCUAAAUGGUGUACCUUUCUUGUUAACCACAUUAUUAAAACUUGAUCAGCACAUAA